GUGGUAGGUUAGCAAGGCGUGCGUGUCUUCCACUUCCGCUGCGGCAAACGUUCAGUGAUCACGAAGGAAUCCUGGCUUCAGUGGGGCUUUGAAGUGCUUUGCUACUUUUUUGCUCAUUUCACAAAGGGAAUGAAAUAUGGUUCUGACAUCUGAUGAACCGGGUUCUACUGAUGGAGGAUCUCAUGGGGAUGGUGGAGAAAGUGGAAAAGCCCCAUCAAAGAAAGCAUUGAAGAAGCAAGCCAAAGAGGCAGAAAAAGCUGCAAAGAAAGAAGACAGGAAAGCAAAGCUGGAAGUGUCAGAGGGUAAAGAUGUUGAUGCUGAUGAUGUGUCUGCUGGCCAUUAUGGCAUUGCUGCAUUGAAUCAGUCCCAAGAGAGGCCUGACAGGAAUCUUGUUCGAGUAGAUUCCCUUUCUGCAGAUCUGGCUGACAAGAAGGUCUGGGUGAGAGGUAGACUACACACCAGCAGAGCCAAAGGGAAGCAAUGCUUCUUUGUCCUGAGGCAACAGCAUUUUUCAGUCCAAUGCUUAGUGGCUGUCUCAGACUCUGUUUCUCGUCAGAUCGUCAAAUUUGCUGCAAGUGUGACCAAGGAAUCGAUCAUUGAUGUGGAAGGGUAUGUGAGGAAAGUGCAGCACAAAAUAGAGAGCUGCACUCAAAGUGAUAUUGAAUUACAUGUGGAACAGGUGUUUGUGGUGAGUCCAGCAGAGGCUCAGCUUCCCCUGUUGGUAGAAGAUGCUGCUCGCCCUGAGAAUAUUGAGGACCCUGAUGGGCUACAGAUCCGAGUGAACCAGGACACAAGGCUGGACAACCGGGUCAUUGAUCUUAGAACUCCUGCAAAUCAGGCCAUCUAUCGUAUUGAAGCUGGGGUCUGUGCUCUCUUUCGAGAGGUCUUAUCUGAAAAGGGAUUUAUAGAGAUUCAUACUCCCAAGAUCAUUGGAGCUGCAAGUGAAGGAGGUGCUAAUGUGUUUGAGGUGUCCUAUUUCAAAAGCUCAGCCUAUUUGGCUCAGAGUCCCCAGUUCUACAAACAGAUGGCCAUUGCUGCAGAUUUUGAAAAAGUGUUUACUAUUGGUGCUGUAUUCAGAGCAGAAGACAGCAACACACAUCGGCAUCUGACAGAAUUUGUUGGCUUGGAUCUGGAGAUAGCAUUCCAAUAUCACUAUCAUGAAGUUAUGGAUGUCAUUGGGAAUCUCUUCACUCAGAUUUUCCGUGGGCUGCAGGAAAGGUAUAAGCAGGAGAUAGAAAGCGUCCGGAAGCAGUACCCAUCAGAGCCAUUUCAGUUUCUGGACCCUCCACUAAGACUGGAAUUCCCAGAAGCAGUGGCCAUGCUAAGAGAAGCAGGUAUUGAGAUAGGUGAUGAAGAAGACUUCUCCACACCCAAUGAAAAAUUCUUGGGUCGCCUUGUCAAGGCCAAGGUGUAUGGGACAGAUUUUUUCAUGCUGGACAAAUUCCCUUUGGCUGUGAGACCCUUCUACACAAUGCCAGACCCAAAGGAUCCCCGAUAUUCAAAUUCAUAUGACAUGUACAUGCGAGGGGAAGAGAUCCUCUCUGGUGCACAGCGUGUGCAUGACCCGACAUUGCUUACUGAAAGAGCCAAGCUCCACAACAUAUGCUUGGAGAAAAUUAAGCCAUACAUCGACUCCUUCCGCUAUGGCUGUCCUCCACAUGCAGGUGGUGGCAUAGGACUUGAGCGAGUCACCAUGCUCUUCCUUGGCCUGGACAACAUUCGAAAGACCUCUAUGUGUGAGUACUUCCCAUCUUCUGUGAUAUCAGCAUAUGCUGGCAAGAUGUAUAACUUCAAGAAGAUCACGGUUGUUCCCUCUGCUAUAGAUUUCAUCAAUAUAAUGCUGUCAAAGACUCAGCGGAAGACACCGACUAUGGUCCACCGUCACUACAAGAUUUCUCGCAUCAGACAGUUCUACAUGCGCAAGGUGCGCUUCACACAGCAGAAUUUCCAUGAUCGUCUCUCUCUCAUCAUCCAGGAGUUUCCUAAGCUUGAGGAUGUUCAUCCGUUCUAUGCUGACCUUCUCAAUGUUCUUUAUGAUAAAGACCACUAUAAGCUGGCAUUGGGUCAGAUCAAUGUUGCACGCCACCUCAUUGACAAUGUUUCCAAGGACUAUGUGAGGCUUCUCAAGAUGGUGACAAUAAUCAAGCGUCAGGCAAGCAGCUUACAGUACUUGGAGCAUGUAAGGCAGCACCUGUCUCGUCUCCCAUCUAUUGAUCCCAACACUCGAACCAUCAUCAUCUGUGGCUUUCCCAAUGUUGGCAAAUCCUCUUUCAUUAAUAAGAUCACACGUGCAGAUGUGGAAGUCCAGCCAUAUGCAUUUACCACAAAGUCCCUGUAUGUGGGUCAUACAGACUACAAGUAUUUGCGAUGGCAAGUAAUUGACACACCAGGUCUUCUGGAUCACCCAUUGGAGGAACGAAACACCAUUGAGAUGCAAGCCAUAACUGCCUUAGCACACCUGCGGGCAUGUGUCCUCUACUUGAUUGAUCCCUCCUGUCAGUGUGGACACUCUAUUGAGGAACAGCUGCGACUCUUUGAAAACAUCAAACCUCUUUUCCUGAACAAGCCACUCCUGGUAGUUUGCAGUAAAGCAGAUGUCAUGAGACGGGAAGAACUCUCCCUUGAGCACAAGUCCCUAUUUGAGCCCUUGGAGAAAGAAGGGAUACCCAUCAUGGAGAUAUCCUCCCUCACUGAAGAAGGCAUCAUGACUGUCAAGCAGCAGGCCUGUGAGAUGCUUCUGAAUCAUCGGGUGGAUAACAAGGUCAAGAGCAAGAAGGUGAAUGACAUCUUAAACCGUCUUCAUGUUGCAAUGCCUACACUUCGGGAUGCCACACCACGCCCUCCAUUCAUCCCUGAAACAGUGAUUCACAAGAAGGAAGUCAUGGAGACAGAGGGAGGUGAAGGAAAGGGACGGAGGAAGCUGGAGAAGGAGAUUGAAGCUGAGUUGGGAGAUGAUUACUACUUGGAUCUGAAGAAGCAUUAUGAUCUCCCUGAGAACUACAAGUAUGAUGUCAUCCCAGAAAUCUGGGAAGGACAUAAUAUAGCAGACUUCAUUGAUCCUUCCCUCAUUGAAAAACUGCAAGCAUUGGAGAAAGAAGAGCAGCAGCGCUUCAAGGCUGGGAUGUAUGAUGUGGAUAUCACAGAGGAAGACGAGGAAACUAAGAAAUUCCGAGAAAUGGCUAACAAGAUACGAGAAAAGAAGAAGCUCAUGGCUAUUGAGUCUAGAUUGAAGAAGAGUAGUACCAAGGCUUCUCUCCCAAGGAAAGGCAGGAAGAGGGAAAGAAGUCUGAGUCGUCUAAGAGACGAGAUGGGAAAACUUGGUGUAGAGUUGGAUGUGAAUGAGGAAAGUCACAUGCGGAGAGCUGCAAGAUCCCGCACGCGCUCUCCAUUGAAGAAGAUGGCUCGCCUUGAAUCUGCUUCGAGAUCGAGAUCGCGUUCAGCCUCGGUUGUACCUCGAGACAAGUCUGGCGUUCGAGAUGAAAUCAUGGAGAAAAAGGUGAAAAAGAUAGGACGAAAGUCACAGGUGAAGAAGGCAUGGCAGGCAAAGAAGGGAGAAGGAGAUCGCGUUAUCCUCAAUCUGAAACCCAAGCAUCUCUUCUCUGGCAAGCGGAAAAUUGGCAAGACCGACAGGAGAUGAUCGCUAUCAGAUCUUUUCAAGACCCGCACAUUGGGUUGCCUCGUUUCAGUUAUGUUGAAUUGAGAGAAUGUAUUUGAUCAUCGGUGUACGUUAUUUCUUUGAAAUAAAAUAAAAAUUAUGACGA